AUUGUGUAUUAAUAUAAUUGCAAAAGGGUUUGGUGCCAUAAUUUUCGCGCACAUUUAAAAAAUACAGGCACAUUUGUGAACAACCAAAAAUGAAUGCAACCAAUGUGUUUUUGUUGACCAGCACACUAAAAUGAAGCAUGAGCAAACAGUGGAUAUUAUAACCUAGAGCAGACAGCAUAGUCAUUACCUUGCAAACAGCGGAGGGUAACAAUGUUGAUAUAGGAAGUCCACUGUGUUGCACGAGUGUCCCUACAACCUGGCUAGCUCCAGCAGAAGAGACCUCAAAAUGCACAUUGUCAAUUUAGUAAUACUAAAAACUUUUUCAAGACCUUUUGUCAUAUGGCAAGCAACAUGUCUCACAUCAGAACAAAACAAAUGUGGUGCAGAAAAAAAAGAGAGAGAAAGAAAACCAAAAAACAUGAAAAAGGGAGAAGGGAGGAAAGAAAGAGAGAAUGAAAGAAAGACAGACAGAAAAAAAAACCUUUGCCCUCGGGGUAAGUGAAGAGAGUCGCGAGAUGCAGCAGACAUGCGGGGAUGGUUUGAGGGAUCUGCCAUUGCAUUGUCUUAAGAUCACUGAUCACAAUCUGGAGAAGGCUAUGCAGCUUAGAGCCCAGAGUGAGUGACAUAUGGAGGGCUGGUGCUAAGAAAACUCCUCCGGACCUCCUCCGCUCCAAAGCCUUCCUGUGCGAGUGCAUGGAGCAACUUUCUGCUUUUUCAAAUAGCAGCCUGCCUCUCUCUCCCUCACUCCCUCCCUCCCACUCUCUCUCUCUCCCUCCCUCCCUCCCUCUCUCGCUCUCUCUCUCUCUCUAGUUUUUUUUCCUUCUUCCUCAGACACUUUCUAGUCACUGCCUGCAGCAGUAAUCGGACAAGUCUCAUUCUCGCUCUUGGAGUCGGUCUCUUGAGAUACCGUGCAGGGCUCCAUGGGUUUUCACACUUACCAUGAAAAAGAAAAAAAGUUGUUUAGUAUUUGUAAUUUGUGAGUUGACGCCGACAAAAAUCUGAGAUCCUUUUUUUUUUUUUUUGCUUUUGAGAACUGUUUUUGCCACUCUGAACUGGACAGACACUUAGAGAAGAUAAAAGAUCGGAUAAAAGGAAGCCCAAGGAUUCAUCUUAAUUGUAGGAACUUUUGGCUACAGUGCAGAACUAGGUGAUGUUACGUGCGAUGUUCACGGAAAUGAAUGAAUUCAGACACUGGCAUUUUUAGACAAAUGUGUUUCGCCCACUCUGCGUUUGUUGGACGCGAGGGACGCUAAUAUUCCCUCAGCCCAUCACCGGCGCUAUCGGGAGAAUUGACAGAACACAGACAUCUGCACCGUAUGUGGCAAAAUAGCUUAAUGUUAAACAUGUUCUGUUGUUUUUAAGCAGAAAACUACUUCAGUAUCAUGUUAUUUGUCGCUGAUUAGAUUACAAAAAAAUAGUUGUAUGAUUUUUACGUGCAGUUGCAACAGAGGCCUUGUGUAUUAAUUUUACCUUGGACUGAACAAUAGGGUCAUGGACAUUUAUAAUUGUAAUUUUGAUGGCAAUUCAAUAAAAUAAUGAAUAUGGAUUUAAAUGUAGUAUAUGUUAUAAUGUAAUAACAAUAAUAGCAUUUCACAAAGAAAAACUAAAGUUUCGAGCAAGCCUGCUAGGGUUAAACUAAUAUAUGUUCUAAUGUUAUUAUGGGCUGCAUAGAUAAUGUACAUAUAGAGAACAGCAACAUUUUAAUGUAACUCUGCAAAUGUGGAGUUAUGCUUUUACACUUCGACAAACAGCUUAUCCAUUUAUUUUCUAGCCUGUGUUCAGAGCAAAUACAUAAACCCCAAAGAGAUGCUUUCCCCCUUGAUAACUCUAACACCUGGUCACCACCUUUACCCCUUUUCAAUUUACUUUUUUUUUUUUCAAGCUUCCCUCCUGUGAUGGAUGGCAAGCUUCUUGUUUGAUACAUAAAAGCAGGUGGAGAGGCUGCUGAAAUAAGAGAUACAAUUGUAAAUCACCUAACAUUUUCUAGAGUAGGAUGUCUUUAUGCCCGAAUAAGUUUACAUUUUCCAUCCCGACAGGCAAAGCAGAGAAGGUCUCCAUGGGAGACCCUUUUUGGCUGGCAGAACAAACAAAACCAACUCAGUUAAAACAGUUGACAUCCAAUGACAUCUGGCGCAGCCAAGAAUGCUGAGUGGAGACUCAAAAGCAGCUCGCUCGACUUGUAAGACACGGCAUACAGCAACUUGAGGGGGAAAGAAAGAGGUCUAUGGAAAUGCAGGAUCUAGCCAGUCCGCACAGCAGAGUAAGUGGAAGCAGUGAAUCCCCGAAUGGUCCCAACCUCGACAACUCGCACAUUAAUAACAAUUCCAUGCCACCAAAUGGCACUGAAGGAGAUAACAUCACUAUGCUUACCACAGCAGACUGGUUGCUAAGUUCUAGUUCACAGUCCGCUGCAGUUAAAACAGAGCCAAUGAGCAGCAGCGAAAUCGCCACCUCUGUAGCAGAAGGCUCUCUAGACAGCUUCUCAGGAUCAGCUAUUGGAAGUAGUGGCUUCAGCCCAAGACAAACUCACCAGUUCUCUCCACAGAUUUACCCUUCCAACAGACCGUAUCCACACAUUCUUCCAACCCCUUCAUCCCAAAAUAUGGCCGCCUAUGGCCAGACGCAGUAUACCACAGGAAUGCAACAGGCCGCUGCCUAUGCAGGCUACCCACAACCAGGGCAGCCCUACGGAAUUCCAGCCUAUGGUCCGUUGUGGGCAGGCAUCAAGACAGAGGGCGGGCUCUCCCAGGCACAGUCACCGGGCCAGACCGGCUUCCUGAGCUACAGCUCCGGCUUCUCCACACCUCAGACGGGACAGGCACCCUACAGCUACCAGAUGCAAGGAGGCAGUUUUACAACUACAUCAGGACUGUAUGCUGGGAGCAAUUCCCUCACAAAUUCAACUGGAUUCAAUAGUACACAACAGGACUACCCCUCGUACCCAAGCUUUGGCCAGGGUCAGUAUGCGCAGUAUUACAACAGCUCCCCGUACACGUCCCCGUAUAUGACGAGCAACAACACCAGCCCCACCACCCCCUCCACCACUGCCACCUACACGCUCCAGGAGCCGCCCUCCAGCAUCACCAGCCAAGCCCUCUCCGAGCCGCCGCCAGACUCAAUCCUCCUCAGCUUGGAGGAAACCAACGUUGCACACGUUUCUGGAGAGAUGUCCUGCCAUUCUUCAGAGACAGGAGAGUACAGUACAAUCCACAGUCCAUCAACCCCCAUUAAAGAUUCAGAUUCGGAUCGAUUGCGUCGGGCCACGGAUGGAAAGUCACGUGGUCGCGGGAGAAGGAACAACAACCCAUCUCCGCCUCCAGACUCUGACCUUGAGCGCGUGUUCAUCUGGGACUUGGAUGAAACAAUCAUCGUUUUCCAUUCCUUGCUCACGGGGUCUUACGCCAAUAGAUUCGGGAGGGAUCCACCAACGUCUGUGUCGUUAGGCCUGAGGAUGGAGGAAAUGAUCUUCAACUUGGCAGACACACAUUUGUUCUUCAACGACUUAGAAGAGUGUGAUCAAGUCCACAUCGAUGACGUGUCUUCAGAUGACAAUGGCCAGGACCUAAGCACGUAUAAUUUCAGCACGGACGGCUUUCACGCAGCAGCCACCAGUGCCAACCUGUGUCUGGCAACGGGCGUGCGGGGAGGUGUGGACUGGAUGAGAAAGCUGGCCUUCCGCUACAGACGAGUAAAAGAAAUUUACACCACCUACAAAAACAACGUCGGAGGCCUGCUUGGCCCGGCCAAAAGGGAAGCCUGGUUGCAAUUGCGAGCAGAAAUUGAAGCCUUGACGGACUCCUGGUUAACACUGGCACUGAAAGCACUAACAUUAAUCCACUCAAGGUCAAACUGUGUUAACAUCUUGGUGACCACAACGCAACUCAUCCCAGCCCUGGCAAAGGUCCUCCUGUACGGCCUGGGAAUAGUGUUUCCAAUUGAAAAUAUUUAUAGCGCAACGAAAAUAGGGAAGGAGAGCUGUUUCGAGAGGGUCAUGCAGAGGUUCGGCAGGAAAGUUGUUUACAUCGUCGUGGGAGACGGAGUGGAAGAGGAACAGGGCUCAAAAAAGCACAACAUGCCCUUCUGGAGAAUCUCCAGCCACUCAGACCUGAUGGCCCUGCACCACGCUCUGGACCUGGAGUACUUGUAGCACUGCGACCGGACCGGACCCGGAUCGGACCUGAAAGGCCCAACACACCAGACAGCCACGCCUCACACACGCAUCUACUGCGACCUUUGCCCCCCUGACUCCCAUCUCACACAGCCCCUUCCUUACGCCUUCGUAUCAGAAGAUUGAGUUUUUGGGGCGGAGGAGGGGUAUCAGCCUCAGUCCCUCCCUCCUCUGUUGCCUCGUGUCUGCGUUCCUCGAAAAAAAUAGAAAUAAAAGAUGACUGAAAAAAGAGAGAGUGAAGAAAGAAAAGGGGGAAGGGCCUUUCCUGAGUGACAAGGUGGACAUGUUGACAUACGGCCACGGUUCGUCUUAACCCCGGACCUCUUUUGCGAAUCGGGCGGAGAGGGGAUUUAUGGCACUGCAGCUGCUGGUCCCUGCUUUACUGUGAAUUGGCUUCUCACUCUCUCUCUCACUCUCUCACUCUCGAAAAAGAAAAAAAGCCAUCAAAAUGUUUUAUGGGGCCCUGUCUGUGCCGGGGCUCGGCAAGGGUUCACACCUGUGUAGAAAUGAGAGCUACCGACGUCUCGGAACUCAGCCAGACUGAUCCUCUCCACAAUCACCACCAUGGCCGCCACCUCGGUUUAAUCCUCAACCAUCAGCAGUCCUUCUUCACCCCUCUCUCUCUCUUCUUCUCCCUCUCUCUCUCUUCUUCUCUUUCUCUCUCUCUCUCUGACUCUCUCUGUCUCUUUUACUGAUGGUACAGAGACAUAAGGCUCCAGCUGCUCAAUCAGCCGGCCUCCAUUUGGCCAGCGCUUGGCCGCCCUCGCCCCUGGAUGUCCCGCGCUUCUUAUUUAUGAAACCUAGGGUCACCUCUUUGUGAGUGGUGUUUUAGUCCCACGAAGGUACCUCUGUGAAAGACUCGUGCCUUUCUGCGUCAACUAAGUACUUUUGAAUUCCACCUCACUGAGAAGUCUAUGGGGGAAGAAACAAAAAAAGAGGAUUUUCUAGUAAUUUAAGAAAAAAAAAACUUUAUUUACAUUGCUGAGAUAAUCAUGUACAGAAGAAAUCUUUUUUUUUUGGUGUGUGUACAUUUGUAAUCACUGGACUAUUCCUUCCUAUAUUCGUUUAGGUACAUGCUGUUGAAAGGUGGCAAUGCUUUUUUCAUUGAAGUACAAAAAAAAAAAACAGCACACUGGCACUUUCGCUUGUGCGGGGGCCUCAAAGUGUUGAUGUGUUCAAGGGUUUUUGUUCAUUAAACAAAUAUUGUAGAUACAUGGGAUUUUGUGAUAACUUGUUCUGUCAAGACCAAAAGCAUGGAUGUCAAGUGUCAAUGAUUUCAUUUUCAUUUUCGUUUUGUUUUGUUUUCAUUUAAUUUGUUCAGUGCUGUUCUCUCUCCCCGAUUUCUUUCU